GCCGGCUGGUUACGGCUGCGUCAUUCAUCUUCUCCGCGUGCGACACGUCGUGCGCCUCUAUCAACCCUUUUGAACACUUGCAUCUCGCAACUGUCACUACUCGACUGGCACUGUGCUUCUUCUACCACCCAAAGAAAACAUGGCAACCUAGGUUGCAUGGGAUCUGACACUCCUGCUGCACGACGAGUCCAGCGAUCCUCAAUCGAAGACCUGGCAACCUGACUGCACCCAUGAAAUUCCAUCUGCCUAUUGGAUCCGAGCGACCUCCAGACGAGCUCAAACCUCUUUAAGUGACCCCGUCCAGACGCCCUGCAAAUUACAAAAGGAGCCUUGUGCCGUGAUUCGAGAAGCCAGCGCAUACAAACUAUUGCAUUCAUUCUCCAUGUGGAAUCGUUGAAGUUUUGUCGCAGCCCGGUUGUCCACAGACUUGCAAGGUAUGGAGGAUGAUCUUAGGUCCUUCCAAUCUGUCAGUAUCGGGUUGACGAGUGUUGAAAAUGGCAAGGAAAGAUUCACAAGAGAUGGGCUCUAUAACCCUCCACCACUGGCUUACUGGAGGAACAACUUGACCGCAUUGUCCCAGCGCUAUAAUCUUUAUCUCGUUGCAAAUCGCGAUUCCGUCGCCGUCUACAGGCCUGAGUUCCCCUUUCAGAAACUACACAGACUACCCGCGCUAUUGAUCCCGCCUACUCUGGCGAACCCUUCUGCUGGAGGCUACAUCGACACUCAUUCUCCACAUACUAUCAAUCACAUCGUGGUAGGUGACUUGGGAUCAGAGGAAAUCGUUCUUGUCGCAACCGACUCUGGCAAUAUCACGGGCUACUUUACCAAAGCAAUCGAUGAAGCCGUGCGAAAAGACCCGUAUCGCUUCAGCACAAAUGCACGAAGCGACUAUGUCGGCGUCCGGGCUUUCUUCAGCCAGUCGGUGCACGAGUCAGCGUGGGGACUUGCCAUUCACUCCCAGGCUCGCAUGAUUGCCGUGUCAGCCAACACACCGCACUAUGUCCCCAACGACGACCCGUGCGCAAAGCUCACUGUCUUCGCAUUUGCGUUAACCCAUGAUGACGCUGAUGUCGACGAGGAUUCACCUGACACAGCUGACUUUAUCGAGUAUGCCAGACAACCAGACUGGGAAGAGUGGGAAGCCAAGGGUGUUCAAUCUGCACCGCCUCCUCGCGACAAGAACUACAAGAUCACGUUGGGCGGAGUCGAGGGCCAUGAUCAUAAUAUUCCAAGCGUUUCCUUUGUGAAUACAGACGAGGACAUCGAAGGGAAAUGGCUUCUGAGCACUGACAUUGGCGGACAGAUGAAAGUCUGGCAGAUCUGGCAAGGGAUCUGUCUCAAGUCAUGGGAUUUUGGUGAGAAGAGAAUGCGCUCAGGUUUCUUCCGACGCCGAGAAGGCGGUUGGCUCGUUGCCGCACUUGACCCUGCUGGAUUUCGCUCCGCCUGGACCAUGGAACAGUUUUGUGGUCAUUCUAAAGCAGCAUUGUAUCAUGGUCAUGCCGGUGAAAGCUAUGACCUUACCAAUAUCGUUCGCCUGCGGACGCCUGGCAACAGUCUUGCCCAUCCCAGCAUCAAUAGCCAAACAAAUGCGCUUGUUCCAGACGAAAACGACCACGAGAUGCUUGACUCUUGGUCAGACUUGGAAGACUACGAAGAUCAACUGAUAACCAACAAUAUCGGUAUUCAUGGCGAUAAUGCCACGGCGCAAGCUCUACAGGCGCACGUCGCAGCUGCUGGAGUUGACCAAACAACGAGAAGUACAGAGGGGAUCGGUGCUGUUGCAGCCAAUGCUACCAGCACAACCCUUGUGGAGCCUACUCAAGCCGCGGAGACUGCUGACAGAGAUAGUGGCUCGUUAGAGCUCAUACUGAUGGAAGAAGACGACGAAUCUGACUCUGAUGGAAACGAUGGCGAAGACAUCCAGUAUGAGUGGAACUCGGAUGGACGAGAAGAGCAGCUCUCUUCUAGUAGCCAUCAUAGCGCGACAUCGCUUUCGAGUAUCGCGCCACGCAACAGCGUGGAGAAUGACGCACAGUGGCCCUUCACGCCCGACGUGCAGCCUUUCUCAAUUUCGCAGUAUGCACUGCAAAAGCCAGACCUCAGGCGCAAAAGAGGCUACGUGGCUCCGUAUGCUCGUGGUGCUCGCACACCUAGCGACAUACCCAUGAUACCGACACUUCAUUGCAGUGCAUCAAAUUUGAGACUCGUCAUGGCCCCGGAAGCAGAUUCGCCUCAUGUCUUUUGUGCCAACAUUCUGAAACAGGCACUGCCGGAUGACAUUGAGUUGACGAAUCAUGUCCACCUUGACAGAAUCAACAUGCUGCAACAAAUACCCGAGCUAGGGGUCGUCAUUGUCGCUUCGCAGAUCGGUCGAUGUGCUAUAUGUACAACGACUAGGAACGAGAAGACAGGGGCCUUGGGCCUGAGGGUCGACUGGGUGCUGCCAAGCAGAAAGCAAGAAUUAGGACGUGUUCGUCCAUUUAUGCCGCUGCUCGGUAUUGCUGUUUCACCAGUCCAGGGACGCUUCGUUGUAGGCCACGCUAAGAGAUGGUCAGGCUCUGAAGAUUCGACCGAAUGGGGUUCUGACGGUAUAGUGGACGGGGUGAAAACUACCUUUGACCCAACUGUCGUCACUGUCACGGAGCCUGACAGCCAAGAAGCUACUGACCACACUGCUUCUGAAGACAGCGGAAAGGGUCCAGACACCGAUGACCACCAACCGCCCCGUGACGUUCACGGUACGAAUUUAUCAGAUACCACUGCGGAACAAAGUUGGUGGGAAAAGCCGGCAGGAAGAGAACCCUGGCUUGCCACAGAGAACGGUCGCAGAUAUCGACUCAUGCUAACAUAUCUGGACAUGACUGUCCUGACAUACGAGAUUUCCCGACAGGUUGAAAGAGAUGACAUUGCUCAAGAUGAAGUCUCAUCGCUUGAGCUUAUGGAUUGACCCAGACCAGAGUCUGAUUAUUCUUGAAGUGCCUCAUGUCUGUGCCACCAGAAUGGCUCUGGUCUCGAAGGACGAAAAUACACCACGCAGACGCUUUGACGAUGGUCCUCACCCAGUGAACAAAGCAUGCAUGAUCGAGGCGUUGUGUCAGGUCACCAGUCUCGGCGGCAGGCGCCAGACAAGAGUAAAGAGAAGCGGAAAGCACAUUUGGAUCGUCAACAGGAUCUGGAGAGCACUGGUGCAUCGAUUCACAUCGAGGUAUCUCUUUUGGGCUGAGUAAAACGGCACGUGGAAGUCAUACCCUCUUUGGGCCCUCGAGCAAUUGAGCGAUCGAGCAUUGAUUGGGCGCAUGUUUACGGCGUUUUAUUCAUGAUGUUUCCAUGGGAGGCCUCGU